GCCACCUCCGGCUGCAACCACCGCUUCAUCGCCACUCCUCCGCGGUGUUCCGCCAUUCUCAACUAAGUUCCAAAGCCGAGCAUAAGUAUAACGGACGGAUAAAGCUUUUUUUUCGGAUUUUGUUUGGAAGGUUCAAAAAGUUUUUAACCUUUGCUUUAUGUAAGAUGUGAUCACUGAUCCCUAGAAGAUUAACAAAAAGUGAUGACGAGAUUUAGUUUUUAUUGUUUAGAAUUUCUUUUGGUUAUCCUUUUGGUCCAAACGGACCGCGGAGAUUCGCUCUCUGCUGACGGACUGUCUCUGCUGUCUCUGAAGUCCGCCGUGGACGAAGGCGGCGGCGCGGCGUUUGCUGACUGGGACGGGAACGACGCUACGCCGUGCAGGUGGACUGGCAUAUCCUGCAUGAAUGUCUCCGGCUCCUCGGAGCCUCGCGUAGUUGGGAUUUCUGUCGCCGGGAGAAAUCUCCGGGGUUAUAUUCCGUCCGAGCUAGGGAGUCUAUUCUACCUUCGGAGAUUUAAUCUUUACGGUAACAAUUUUUACGGUUCUAUACCGGAGCCGCUGUUCAAUGCAUCUUCACUUCACAGCAUUUUUCUCUACAAUAACAACAUUUCCGGUCCUCUCCCGGCUUCUAUAUGCAAUCUGCCCCGGCUCCAGAAUCUCGACUUAUCUAACAACUCGAUUUCAGGAGCGCUCUCUAUAGACCUCAGGAAUUGCCGACAGCUGCAGCGGAUAAUUCUGAGGAAGAACAAACUCUCCGGCGAAAUUCCAGUUGGUAUAUUCGCCGAUUUAGCCAAUUUGGAACAGCUUGAUCUUUCAUCCAACUCAUUCAACGGGGCAAUUCCGGAGGAUAUUGGUGAACUAAAAUCUCUUUCAGGAACUUUAAAUCUAUCUUUCAAUCAUUUUACUGGAAAUAUCCCCAAAUCCUUGGGCAAUUUACCACUCACUGUUAGCUUUGAUCUUAGGAACAACAGUUUAACCGGAGAAAUCCCACAAAUUGGUUCUAUUUCAAAUCAAGGUCCAAAUGCAUUUUUGAAUAACCCAAAGUUAUGUGGAUUCCCUCUACAAAAGCCUUGUAAAAAUGGCUCGGUAAGUCCAUCUGGAAGCCACAGAGCAUCACAGGAAAACCCAAGACCUAAUCCAAAAAAAGGGCUUAGAACGCGAUCCAUCGUACUCAUAUGUUUGGCUAAUGCUGGUACAGUAGCAUUCAUAGGACUACUUAUUGUUUAUCUGUAUUGGAAAAAGAAAGACACUGGUGGUUGUAGUUGCACUUGUAAAGCAAAAUUUGGAGGAAAUGGGAAGAGAAACUUAUGUGUGUUCCCUUGUGUUGGUAGCUUCUCUGAUAAUGGCUCAGAAGUUGACUCUGAAAAGGAUCAUUCUGCUGGUGGUUCUAAUGGAGAUCUGGUGGCCAUUGAUAAAGGGUUUAAUUUUGAGCUCGAUGAACUGUUGAGAGCUUCAGCUUAUGUUUUGGGAAAGAGUGGACUGGGGAUUGUGUACAAAGUUGUGCUGGGAAAUGGUGUGCCUGUGGCAGUUAGGAGGUUAGGUGAAGGUGGUGAGCAAAGGUAUAAGGAGUUCAUUGGAGAGAUUCAAGCCAUUGGGAGAGUUAAACAUCCUAAUAUUGUGAAGUUGAGAGCUUAUUACUGGGCCCCUGAUGAGAAGCUUCUCAUUAGCGAUUUCAUUUCCAAUGGCAACUUGGCUUCUGCACUUUAUGGGCGGAAUGGUCAGCCAUCACCAAAUCUAACCUGGUCUACAAGGCUGAGAAUUGCAAAAGGAACAGCUAAGGGUUUAGCUUAUCUCCACGAAUGCAAUCCAAGAAAAUUCGUUCAUGCAGCCAUAAAACCGUCCAACAUCCUCCUAGACAAUGACUUCCAACCUUAUAUUUCGGAUUUCGGCCUCAACCGCCUGAUCAGCAUCACAGGCAACAACCCUUCAUCUUCUGGCGGCUUCAUGGGAGGAGCCCUUCCUUACAUGAAGUCGGCCCAACUGGAUCGGCCCAACAGCUAUCAAGCACCAGAAGCUCGAGUCUCUGCCGAGAAGCCUACACACAAGUGGGACGUUUACUCAUUUGGGGUGGUCAUGCUUGAAUUGCUCACCGGAAAGCCGCCAGAGCUCUCGCCUUCAACCACUUCCACCUCCGCUGGGAUUCCAAACCUGGUGAGGUGGGUAAGGAGAGGGUUUGAAGAACAGAAUCCUCUGUCAGAUUUGGUUGAUCCUAUGCUGCUACAAGAAGUACAGGCCAAGAAGGACAUAGUAGCAGUAUUUCAAGUGGCACUUGCAUGCACUGAGGAAGAUCCGGAAGUUCGGCCAAGGAUGAAAACGGUGUCGGAAAACCUUGAAAAGAUAGGUGCGUGAGCUUAUGAGAGAUUGAGAGUGUUCCUGUUAUUUCUAUGAAAUACAUACGGAGUAAUUCUUUUUCAAAGUAUAUAUAUACGGAUGUCGGAUUAUAUAUUUCAGUCAUUUCUUUUUCCAAAGAUAGGUUCUUUUUGCAGUAGGGUUUUUGUACAACCAAACAAAGUUCUAUUUUACUAGCUAGUGUUGUCAUUCUUUAAUUUCGGCAGAUUUCUUUAAUGUUUAGUUUCAUUAACAUUUAACAGUAAGCAGAAAAAUAAUUUCAUUUUGCAACUAUUUAUAGUAAAAU